GAUACAGACAACAAGGAGACCGCAGCACGCGACGACUGCUGUCGAAGUUUAUGAGCGUUUGGAAUAUCGGCGACGGUUGAAGCGUAUGGUAACACUCUUACACCUGGAUGUUACCAGGAGGACUAAUACUGAACACGACCUUCUCUGGCGAAAGGCAUGACCGAAAUACCAAAACAAGAGAUGGGCAAUGAGCUCACACAGGACAACAGUCAGUCUGGGGAAGUCAAAGAGAAGUGCACCGAAGAGAAAGAGGGUCUGGAAGUCAGUGGGCAGGGAAUAGUAGCACCUCAGUCAUCUGAAGCAUUGCUUUACAGUAGUUAUAAACAGAGGUGUGACGAGUUUCGGAAAUUAUUCAGAGAGGUGCCCGAGUCUGAGAAACUAAUCGCAGACUACACCUGUGCUCUCCAGAAGGAUAUCUUGUUACAAGGCCGCAUCUACCUUACAGAGAAUUGUUUUUGUUUCUACAGUCAUUUUUUUCGUGGUACAAAAAUCAUGGUAAAUAUGAAGGAUGUCACCUCAAUGUCAAGAGAGAAGACAGCUAAAUGGAUACCAAAUGCUAUCCAGAUCAGUACUGAUUCAGAAAAGUUGUUCUUCAGCUCAUUCCCAGCUAGGGAGAAAAGUUACCAGAGUAUAUUUCGGCUUUGGCAGAAUAUUCUAAUGGAGAAGAAACUGACCAAGUUGGAGCUGUUGCAGAUGAUAAAGCAGCAUUAUGGCAAUGAUUUAGGAUUGAGUCAUGAUGAAAUGGAAAGCUUUCAAAGAUCAGUAGAUACUGUCACACCUACCCUGCCCAGUCUGAAUAUGCGUGGAGAAGAUUACACCGGGAGGCCAGAAAGGCCCACAUCGCUUCGUCUUCCCCAAGGGGAGAUGAAUUCUUAUGAGGCCACCACACCGCAGGGAGAUGACACACAGUCUUCAGUUGGACUGCAAAGCAUGCUCUCAGCAAACGGAGGGGACGAGUCUCUCAGUACCCCGUCCCUUCAGCGCAGUCCAAAUCUGUCAUUAAACCGCUCGGGGUCCGAACGAGUAUCUAAACGCUCCUCUCUCUCUCUGGAUCUAAAUGCCAAUGAAGACCAGCUCUCUGAUAACAGCAGAUCUGACAGCCUGGAGGAGGGUGAGACAAUGGAAGAAUGUGAGACUGUGUCUCAGGGAAGGCUGUAUGUGAAUCGGGUCUUUCACAUCAGUGCUGAAAAGAUGUUUGACCUGCUUUUCUCUGAUUCUAAUUUCAUGCGGAGGUUUAUGGAUGUCAGGAAGAUUACAGGUGCAACCUCUACCUCUUGGCAAAGGGAGGCCUCUGGUGGUAUGAAAAGGACUUUGAACUACACCAUCACCAUUUCCAACCCCCUUGUUGGAAAGUUCUCCACUGCCACAGAGAACCAGACACUAUAUAAAGAGUCACGAGAGGGUCAAUACUACAUGAUAGAUGCGGAGGUCUACACACAUGAUGUCCCUUAUCAUGACUACUUCUACACUCAGAAUCGCUACUGUAUCAUCCGUAACUCCAAGCACAAGUGCAGACUCAGGAUUUACACUGAUGUCAAAUACAAAAAGCAGCCCUGGGGUCUUGUUAAAUCCUUUAUCACCAAAAACUCCUGGAGUGGCCUUGAAGACUACUUUAGACAUCUUGAGGCAGAGCUGCUUGAAGAGGAGGCAGAGUUGACUCAAGGAAGCGGAGACGCUGGGAAGAUAAGUAGUUUGCGCAGAAGGCGAAGAACCUACAGUCGCACCCUACAGGAACACAUGAAGCCAGGGAAACAGUACAGCGCAGACUCUGAUCAGCAGAGAGGCGGCACCAUGGGUGCCUUGGACAUAAAGAACACACCACACAGAUGGAACAUCACUUCAAUUGUAUUUGGGAUGAGCUUAAUACUUUUCGUUCUGGUGGUUCUGAACUUGGGGCUGUUCUUUAAACUUUGGGCCAUGGAAGAUGUCGCUCAUCGUAUGUAUCUGAACACCAAGCACAGAAUGAAGGAGAGAGUAGUGUCUAGUUUGGCACCUGACCUAGGGCACAGACAGGGUAUGCCACACAGAAGUCAAGAGGAAACACAUCUACUGAAAGCAGUACUGCAGGACUCCAUUAACCUUCUUGAACAACUACGCAGUUCUCUAAUGGUGCUUCAGCAGAACUUUCAGGUCUACAACCGAUCCUCCUCUCAGCUUUAAAUGGCAUUGGGUUUGGUGACCUGAUAACACAAGGGUAUUCUUCCCAUAAGACCCGUCCUCGCUGAGGAGUGUUGCCAUAGGGCUAGUCACCCCAGGGCAGACUCGUAGCCAUGUUCAUCAUCUCUCUGGGCUUUUUUGUUGUGGUUGGAUGUUUUUUUUUUUUUAUUGCCAAAGCUGUUUUUGUCUCGGAUGGGAUCGUUGCACUAGCACACUAAAUCUUGCGAGUUUCUUCUUGAAUUUGCUAACUUGAACUUGAAGCUGUAGGAGAAAAGUCUUUUGCUUAUUCUUCAGAGUUGAUAUUGAUGAAGUGAAGGUAACCACAAUGUAGCAGGUUUAAUCACAAAGGGUUCUCAUUAUCAUGUUCUGAACUGCUGGAUGCUUAUUUGAUGUCCAUUUUUUUCUGGACUACAACAAAACCCUUAAUUCUCAAAUAUGUAAUGGAUUGAUUGCAGUUGCACAUGUCCUUAUUUUUGAUUAUAGAGGGGGCAAUGCAGGCCCAUUGCCUCCAGUUCACAUGUUAAAGAUCUGCCUAAAAUUUACUCAUGUGGCUUUUUUUUUUGUCUUGAUUGAAUGCUCUUGUCUUUAGAUACCUCUAAGAAUUUGUAAAUGAUUGCACCUUAAAACAUUAUUAAUGCAGGGAUCACCACUGGCAAAUGAUUGUGCAUAUUAAAGCUGUAGAAUGUUUGAAGUUCUGAAUGCUCAUCAGGAUUUUAAUAAUGUGUUACAGUGGUGGUUCAUAUGGAGAAGAUAAAAUCUCUGACGUUUACUGUAAAUGAUGAGUUAUGUUUUACCUAUAAAUUGUUUACACAUGGUUGUUCAACAGCUUUUAGGGACUGUAUUGUCACAUAAAGUAAAUUUAUGAAUUAAAUGUUUACUUGGGAAAAUAAAAAAAUGUGUGGUAAUACUCAAGCAUUCCAAACUUUAACAGAAAAACAUUAGGUGAAUGUGUAUAGAUAUAUAUUUUUUUCUCUGGAUAUAUUAAGACAUUUCUUCUGAAACUAUUUAUAAAUAAAAUUCAAUUUGUGAAGUUGA